CGAAGCCAGUAGUCGACCUAACUCUUUCCGAUUCAGGCCGAGACUCGAGUGUGGCGCUGGGAUCGUGCGGUGGUGCUCUCGGCUCGCUCGACAUCCGGACAACUCCGCCGCCAUUAUGGUGAAGCUCGCCAAGAACGUUAAAACCCAGCCUAAACAGAAAAAAAUGGCUCCCCCACCUCCGAAGGAAGUGGACGACAGCGAAGAAGAGGAUUCUUCAGAGGAGGAGGAGGAAGAGAGCAGCGAGGAGGAGGCGAUGAUCCCGCUGAAGAAAGCAGUCCCUCCAGCAAAAGCCGCAAACAAAAAGGCCGCUACCCCGGCAAAGAAGGCAGCGACCCCAGCGAAGAAGGGAGUCGUAACCCCGGCUAAAAAGGUCGCUGUUACUCCAGCGAAGAAGACACCAAUCCCUGGCAAAGGAGCAAAAAACGGGAAGAACGCGAAGAAAGAAGAGAGUGAUGAGGAGGAAGAGGAGGUCGAUGACGAGGAGGAGGAAGAUAGCGAAGAGGAGGAAGACGAGUCCGAGACAGAGCCUCCAGUGCCAGUGAAGAAGCCGGCAGCCCAGGCCGCAGCCAAGAAACCCGCAGCCCAGGCAGCGGCCAAGAAACCCACAGCCCAGGCCGCGGCCAAGAAACAGGAUUCGGAAGACGAGGAAGAUGACGAAGAGGAUGAGGAAGACGAGGAAGAAGACGACUCCGAAGAGGAGGCCAUGGAUACCACCCCAGCCAAAGGGAAGAAAGCCGUUCUGGCAAAGGCCGCCCCGGUCAAAGCUCCCGCAGCUGAGUCUGAGGACGAGGAAGAUGAAGAAGACGACGACGAGGAAGAUGAUGAAGAGGAGGAGGAAGAGGAAGAGUCUGUACAAGAAACACCUGGAAAGCGGAAGAAGGAAAUGGCCAAACAGAAAGGCACCCCAGAUGCCAAGAAGAAGAAAACUGAAGAAACCGCCUUCUCCCUCUUCAUGGGCAAUCUGAACUCCAACAAGGACUUUGAAGAAAUGAAGGCCGCCAUCAGGGACUUCUUUGCCAAAAAGGACCUGCAAGUCCAAGAAAUCAGGAUUGGCAACUCAAAGAAGUUCGGCUACGUGGACUUCUCCUCCGAAGCCGAGCUGGACAAAGCGUUGAAGUUGAACGGGAAGAAAUUAAUGGGCUUGGAAAUGAAACUGGAAAAGGCCAAGAGUAAAGAGAGUCUGACUCAGAACAAGAAAGAGAGGGAUGCAAGAACCAUCUUUGUGAAGAACCUCGCUUACAGCGUAACCCAAGAGGACCUGCAGGAAGUGUUUGAGAACGCCAUGGAAAUCAGGCUGGUGUCCAAAGACGGGAGCAGCAAAGGGAUCGCCUACAUUGAGUUUAAAUCUGAAGCCGACGCCGAGAAAGCGAUGGAGAAGCAAGGGAUGGAGCUCGAGGGCCGUUCCAUCGUCCUCGACUACACAGGAGAGAAGAGCCAGCUGGACGGCAGGAAAGGCGGAGAGUCCAGAACCCUCGUCGUGAACAACCUGUCCUACGAUGCAACAGAGGAUGCUCUCCAGGAGGUGUUUGAUAAGGCGUUGGCCAUCAGGAUUCCACAGAACAACCAAGGAAGGCCUAAAGGGUACGCUUUCAUAGAGUUCACCACAGUCGAAGAAGCCAAAGAAGCCUUCACUUCCCACAACAACACAGAGAUCGAAGGUCGAACAAUCAGGCUGGAGUUUAGCACACCGGCGGGCCAAAACAGGAGCUUCAACGCCAGAGGGGGAUUUGGUCAGCAAAGCAAAACACUCUUUGUCAAAGGCCUAUCUGAGGACACCACAGAAGAAACACUGCGAGAGUCCUUUGACGGCUCCAUUGGUGCAAGAAUAGUCACAGACAGAGACACGGGCUCCUCCAAAGGGUUCGGCUUUGUGGACUUCAGCUCCCCUGAAGACGCCAAGGCGGCAAAGGAAGCCAUGGAGGACGGGGAAAUCGAUGGCAACAAAGUGACCCUCGACUUCGCCAAGCCUAAGGGCGACGGGCCCCGCGGUGGUGGCGGUGGCUUCGGCCGCGGAGGAAGAGGCGGGCGAGGCGGCAGAGGGGGCUUUGGCGGCCGGGGUGGGAGAGGCUUUGGAGGCCGAGGAGGCGGUUUCCGAGGAGGCAGAGGGGGCGGCGGCGACCACAGGCCACAAGGCAAAAAGAUAAAAUUCGACGACUGAGUCGGCUCGUUGCGUCUGAAAGGACUCUGGGGUUUUUAAAUUCUGUCACCACGCAAUGACGGAGCCUUUUGAGGACAUUCCAAGAUGCAUUUGCAGUCCCUCGAUUAAGAGCUACUGGGGGUGGGUGGGGGGAGAAUAUCCUUUCAACGAAGAAACAGCCAUUCGACUGCCUGGCCACAAAUAUGAACUUUUUUUAAGAAAAGCAACAAGAGAUGUUGGGAGUUGACCCGUGUCAGUGCAUUGUCCCGAAUUUAUAACGUUUCCCCCCCCCAUGUAAAAAAAGAUAGCUUCCUUAUACAUUUCUGUAGUUCCUCCUCCUUGUUUAUUCCUUGCUGUAAAAAUGCAAAAAAUGUUUUAUCACUUGUCUUGGCACACUGUCUUGGACAGAUUAAAGGGCCUAAAUGGA